AUGACUGACAAACCAGGUCCUUCUAAACGUUCCGGUAGCGUAUUAACUUCGGGUUCCCGGGCUAAAAAAGGCCGCAGUUUUAGUGCCGAUAGUAGUUUGGAUGAUUUUGAGUGUUCAAGCGAGGAAGCUGUAUUCUCUCAAUGUUGUGAUGAAGAGGAGGUUAGCGAUGAUAGUUCAGAUAGUAUUUUUGAUACUAGGCGUCCUUUUAGACACAAACGUAUGGACAGAUUUCUGUCACCAAUUCGUCAGAAAACUUCAAAUCAAGUACCUGAAGAGACGUUUACCCAUUCAAUGUCAUCGGAUCGGCACAUGUCAACCUCACCUUCUAUAAUACAAGAUUACGGUGAGCUACCUGAUAUACCUGACAAUUUAUUAAAUACUUCUGUACCGACAUCCAUAUCUAUGUUAAUGUCCGAUGCCACAUCGAUUAACUUUCCCAGUGAAGAUAUUGAAAACAUGCCACCGGCAACUGCAUCUCUGUCACAAACCAGAGUUGUAAGGCUAGAUGACCAACCAUCAGGGGAAGGAGCUUCAUCUUCUUGGAGUACACAAGGGACAAUGAAAAACAUAGAAUUCACCAGAACUCAGGAAUUACUAGUUCCAGCUCCAUCUGAUCCAUUUGAGGCAUUCCGAUUACUAUUAGACGAUAAUAUUCUAGAUUUGUUAGUGCGUGAAACUAACGCUAAUGCCAUUCGAGUACUGAAGGCCCCUGGUGUCAAACAACAUUCACGAAUAAUAUCCUGGAAAGAUAUAACACGAACUGAAUUGUUAACAUUUCUUGGGAACCAAAUGAGUGAUCCCAGUAGUGAAGAGGCUUGGGAGCGACUUCUGGUUGAGAGCCUCUUGAAACUGUCGGGCAAGCACAGAGUGACACACCAUGAACCCCUUCAGCCAGUAGUGAUGCAGCCCGUCAAGCCCCGGACUUUUCCAGUUCGGGGCCCUACGGACCGCCUCAGCUACGUCAUCCGGCGUUAUGAUGACGGGGUCCAUGGGCGUAAUACCCGCACACUGACUCGCCACAACUUCCGUCCAAGGGCCCUCGCUGUGGUUUACGGGCUCUGA